UUUAAUAAUAUUUCAUAAGUAUCAAUUUUUUAGAUUAAUUAUAAAAUUAAUUCUUAAUAUCAAAUUUAAUCGCAUUUAAAGCUGAUGAUCACUUUUCUAUAAAUUAUUAUGCAGAAGAAUAGGUCUUUUCUCAUAAACUCCCAAUCUUUUUUUUUUUUUUUUUCAAACAUUGACUAUUUGCUGCCUUCUCAUAAACAUAGUUCCAACUACAAAUGUCCUCCCACACUCUUUGCCACUUGACACUUGUUCCUCUCUUUUCAUGACUCCCUCUUUUCCGUUUCCCUUUCUCCCAAAAAAGUGAAAAUCCAAAAAUCCUCCCACAUUUCUCUGUGAAAGUGAAACCAACCCAACAACAGGUCAGAACUUAGACCCACCCAUUCUCAUUCAUUCCAAGUCCUAACCAUUUGAUGGAGGCCAAGAAGGAGUAUGAAGUGGACCAUCUGACCACACUCACAGGGACCAGUUUCUCUCAGUUACUAUUCGGAGAUGAUGACGACGAUUAUGAUGAAAGUGCAUUGGGACUCGCUGUGGACCAGUCUUACACCCGUUCACCUCUUUUCUCCAUUCACAAGGCACCCCAAAUGCUUUGUUUUGCCAACCAUCAAAACCAAGGUGACGUUUUGCUUCCUGAAACCAACGUAACCCCUCAGAAAUCUGUCAUCACUUCUAGUGACUCCUCUUCUGCUAGCGCUUCCUCCUGCAACCACACCAACACCGCCUUCAAUUCCUUACCUAAGUCUAAUAGUUUGCAGAAAAAGCGAAAUGGGAUGGGGCAAGAAUCAGUGACCAAGGUUGGUGUUGGAAGCCAGAGACAAACUAAGAAGAACAAAGCAGAGAACCCCACCUCAACCGGACAUGCAAAGCAGAGGAAGGAGAAGCUCGGGGAACGAAUUGCAGCGUUACAACAGCUUGUUUCUCCCUUUAGCAAGACGGAUACAGCAUCUGUGCUUCACGAGGCAAUGGGUUAUAUAAGAUUUCUUCAUGACCAAGUUCAGGUCCUAUGCUCUCCUUACUUGCAAAGUUUGCCUUCCUCGUACCAUCAAAAUCAGCAUGGGGACGGAGUUAUCAAUGAAGAGGAAGUGAACAAGGAUUUGAGGAGUAGGGGUCUUUGCUUGAUCCCUGUGGGAUGCACCGUACACGUGGCAGGUAGCAAUGGUGCUGAUUUCUGGUCAUCUGCCGCAACAGGGAACAAUGUUAAUUUCACCAUCAGCCAAGCAGUGAAACGAAACCAAGAUCAAUGAAUCCUUUUAAAACAAUUGUAGCCUUUUGGGAAAUGGGUUCCUGUGUCUGCCCAAAUUGGAGUUGUACCCAAUAUGGAGAUGGAUGGGUGAGGAGGUAAAAUACAGGAAAUGGCAAAGAGGGAUAACAUUUAAAAAGAAUGGUUCAAAGUUCACACAAUUGGUAAAAACCAGAGGUCAUGAUUUUGUCCUUAAUUAUGUAACAUCUGUUUUGGUUUUGGUUUUGGGGGGGUCCUUUUUCUUAGGACACCUAUAUCUAUAUAUCAUAUCAAUAUUCUAUAGAAGGAAGGUAGGAAAUAUUUUAUGUAGGAUUUAGGGAUGUGUGGUGGCCUUGAACCCUGAACUAGAAGUCUAGGAUUCCAUAUAUUUUAAUUUUUAAUAUAUAUUUUGUCUGUAAAUUUCGGUAGGCAAGGCAAUUAAUGAAGUUAUUAUUCCGUAUAUUUUUAAUA